UCCUAUCCAAUGUGUAAAAUGCUCUUUCCCCAGAGGUAAAGUGAAGUUGACCACUCACUUUCAUCUAGUGCCGACUUCAAGAAUGAGGCUAUACCUCGACUUCGAGGUCAUGGCUCGGUACCUAAUUAAGCACAGGUGUCAUAAGGAACAGAACCCUCUCUUAUUUUAGGAUGUCAUAGGGACAAAGCAACAAGCCCUCCUGUUAUUUUUAGCUGUCAAGACCGAGCGAUAGCCACGACUUUUAACAUGCCACAGGAUAAUUUAUUAGUAUUGGGUAUGGCUGCAGAGUAAAAUCACGCACAGCCAUAAACCUGACAGCCCUUCCACAGUGUAAAAAAGAAGCUUUAGUGAGCAGCCCUCACUAAAGGAGAGGGAGGUAGAUGUUCUUAGUUUUUGUGCUUAUGGCUGGGUCAACGGAGUGGGAUACACACCACCUUCCUUUGAGCCAAGACAUUUUUUAACUCCUGACUGGGAUAGUCGACAGAGAGCAGCCAGUGGUGUAAGUCGUCUGUUCGAUUCACUUAAUAAACCUAUCCUAUCUACCAGAUGGACUUUGAGUUUCUUUUAACUUCGAUUGGACUUCACACCACUCCACAUCCUGUUCGUCACAUGCAAUUCCUGGCAAUCCGGUAAAACACACAACUACCGGCGAUCCACGUAAUUUUCGGACAUACUCGCAAGAGAUCUAAAUUUGUUUGUAUGGAACGACAAGACUGCUCCGUCCACCUACCACUUUGUCUUGCACGUCCAACCAUACAACAUGGUGGCAGCGAAUCGGGAUCUUGCCAAGACAAGCUGAAAUUGUCAUUGUGAACGAACUCGUCAAGAAGACUGAUCACCUUCGAGACCAGGAGGAGUGACGACAACACCUGAAGGGAAGACGCUUCUUCGAGGAGAAUCUUCUUCUAAUCCAAUCACUGAAAAACUGUGUGCUAGUAACUGGGGCUGGUGAGGAUCGAACGUCAUCCAACAUCAACGGUGGGUCCUGACACCGACAACGCGAGAUCGCAGCUAGCUACUCCAGCAGAACGUGCAACAAAGUCCUGUGUCCAUUGGCUUCCAUCAACGCAGUAGGGACGCCGAGGCACGAACUACUGGCAGUCUGGUCGCAGCUUCUGUCGCAAGACUCCGGCACCCUCUGGGGAGAGGACGGGGCACCGUCCUCCAUCACUACCGGACGAACUACAGAGCUUUGGACACCCUUCCCUCUUGUAAGAAAAAGAUCAGCAUGCAUUUUAUCGGAUGGAUCAGCUUGACCACUCUUCUAGCAAUCUGGAGUCUACUCCAAGGUCAAGAAAUGGAGCAACUGACUUCAGCCAGUGGCAUAUACUUUGAUGAGCUAGGAACGGUUCGUCUAUUUCCGAUGAAGUGGAAGUUUGUGAGUUAUAUAGAUUUAGAACCACACAGGGAGCUGUGGCGUCAAACCAAGAACUUUCAGACAAGAGUGACAGAGUAUUGUAACAAGUUAGAAACACAGGAAUGGUACUAUCUUACUGACUGUAAACCAUCCUUAUCUUACUUCAAGUCUAAGGCUAAAUAUAUCGAUCAGCUGAAUGAAAAUUUGAUAGACUACACAAGUGCAAAUAAGCCCAUUAGGAAACGUAGAUCCCCAAGAGAAAAGAGAGGAUUGAUAAAUUUUGUAGGUAAAGGAUUUCACCUUUUGUUCGGGACAGCAACUGAUGCUGACGUUGAGAAUAGUAAUAAUUAUAUUAGCAAACUGGAAGCUGAGCAAACCAAAUUUUUGCAUAUUGCAAAUGAUGAAAUGACCAUUAUCAAGACUACAAUUAAUUCAAUUAACAGCACGAUCCUGAAGGUGGAUCAGAAUGAAGAAUUGUUGAGAAAUGGUAUGUUAUUGCUUGAAAAGCGUACGGGAGAAGAAAUAAGCGAGUUAAAGGUAAAAUAUGAACAAAUAAAUUUGAUUAAUGAGCAGAUUAAAAUAGUUAUAAGAGGUAUGGAAGAAAGCCAGCACUCUUUUGAAGUUUUUAUAGACGCGUUUGUACACGCAGAGCAAGGUAGCCUCCAGCCACAAUUAUUAACUAUAAGGGCUGUAAAAGGCAUUGUUUCAAAGCAAACACUGCCUCAGGGUCUUGAUUUUCCGACAUUUCCUACUUCUGAACUAUCACGUAUUAUAACUAUGCAUGCGUAUGUAUAUCAACAAUAUUUAGUAUAUAUCAUUGAAAUUCCAUUAUUGCUACCCACUAAUUUUUAUUUGUACAAAGCUAUUCCGUUUCCUAUGAAGGAUAAAACAACAGAGAAAUUCAUUUUUAUAGCUCCCCAAAAGGAAUUUAUAAUUACGGAUGCAUCAAGAAAGCAAUACGGCAAAAUGAAUUAUGACGAGUUGAGUGUAUGCCUUAUGACCAAUGAAAUUACUUAUGUUUGCAAAAAUACUAUACUUUUGUCUAACUACGUGCCAGGAGAGGAUUGUGAAGCCAGUAUGUUGCAUCCAUCGUCCCAAAAGAUCCCAGACUCAGUAUGUGAAAUAAAGUUGAUAUCCUUGUACCAUACUUAUUGGAUCCCAUUACAACUUAGCAACCAAUGGCUCUACACUUCUCCUUCCGCGGAACGAGUCACAAUUUUGUGUGAAGAUAAUACCCCACACUAUGUAUAUGCCGAAAAUAGAGGGAGAAUGACCCUCCGAUCAAGGUGCAAGGCUUAUACUGCGCACGUUACACUAUAUGCAUCCACAAAAUUGACAAUGGUUAGUAAUGUAUCGAAAGAUUUUAUACCUGAAGUGAACUGGGGCUUUGACUGUUGUUUUGACGAGCAUGAAAAGAGAAAGCUCGAUGAAAUUAAAUUAGAUAUUCCUUUGAAUAAUGUCAUGUCAUCAAUAGAUGAUUUGAGAAUAGCAAGCAUUAAGGUGGAUGAUGUUAAACAGAUGAUAAACAAACAAGAACAAGUAGAUUAUUCCAAAUAUUACAAACACGUUGUAACUGGUGGAAUUUCAAUUGGAACUAUGGUAUUUGUAAUGGUUAGUAUAUGUUUAUGUUGCUAUUGUUGUAAAGGUUGUCGGCAAGGCUUUUUCUGGUGUUGGAGAAAACUAAAUCCGAAAGGUGCAUACGAUGAUUGCGUGAAUGGAUGUAAAAAGAUUACAAAUUCAUUCAAUAAUCCUCACCAUAAUACGAUCAUCGCACCCAAUGUGCAUACAUUAAAGAUUCAGGAUAAAGAUGAAUUAACUCAUGCACUAACUCAAUCCUUAAUUGAGUUAGAUAAGAUUGGGAUACGUAAGCAUGAGACUUUUCAGAAAUUGCCUUCCGCACCAACUAGUGAGGAAGAUAUAACAGGGUUUUUUGCUCAGGUUCAAAGGAAACAAGAUAAUUCACCUGUGGCACAAAGAUUAAGAAAAAAAUUGCACAAACCAGACCCAGGGAGUAACCCAUUGUUUGAAUAUAGAAUGAAGUAA